UCCCUCUUGAAGGACGUCAACCAUUCGUAUGUAACGAAUGGAAACGUCACAAUUGAAAUAACCCGUUUUGUAUGUCGCCUGCAUUCAAAAUGAACGCUCGUGUAUUUGUCCUGUUGCUAUUUUCCUCUUUAACAUUUGCUACCAAUUUUAAUAAAAUCACAAAGGUGUUUAGUUGGAAACAAAUUAGUUACGACAUUAAAGGUGUCUUAUACCUAAACGACACGCAGUACGAAAGAAGCGAAUCCAGUAUAUACUUCGACCAGGAGUUGGAUGAUUCGGAGAAAUAUUUCAUACAGUACAACAAUGUGCCUAUAGGAUUUGAAGUGUAUGGUGAUAGAGUAUUCGUCACUGUACCCAGGAGGCGACAUGGAAUACCGUCUACUUUAAACUACGUUCAGCUCGGGGGACCAUCGUCACCAACUCUGAAGCCGUACCCCAACCCGCGGUGGAGUAAACUCCUCGUCUCCACGUACCGCCCUAGAGUUGACUCCUGCGAUAGACUGUGGGUGGUAGACACUGGACUUCUAGAAGUACCAGAUGCAAGAAAACAGCUGAAACCACCAGCCAUCAUUGUGUUUGACUUGAAGACAAACAAACAGAUUUUUCGGUACAACUUAAAAGAUACGGAUUUGGUGAACGAGAGAACUGCCGGAGGACUGACAUCGAUCACAGUAGACGUCGACCCUAAAUCCUGCGCAGACGCAUACGCCUACAUUAACGAUUUGGCCACCAACGGUCUCAUCGUCUUCUCAAUGAGAGAAAGAGACAGCUGGAGGAUUAACCACAGCAGUUUUAAUCACGACGCCAAAGCUUUGAAUUUCAGUGUUGCAGGCAACGUUAUUAACUGGAAAGACGGUAUAUUCAGUAUAGCAUUGUCUGAUCUGAACUCGAACGGUACAAGAACGGCUUUCUACCACCCGCUGGUGUCCACGCAAGAGUUUUCAGUGGACACUGCAUUCUUGAAAGACAAAAGUAAGAGCAUCGAGGGUAACGUGAAGAUCCUCGGCAACAGAGGUCCGCUAACCCAAAGCGGCUCCCACGUUUACCACAACGGGACUAGAACACUCCUGUACGCGAAUGUCGCUCAGGACGCUAUCUUGUGUUGGAAUGUUGACAAGGAAUUGAAACCAGAGAAUGUUGGCAUAGCAGCUCAGGAUCAUAAGCAACUUGUAUACAUAUCUGAUCUCAAAGUCUCUGGUGACGACGUAUGGGUUUUGGUCAAUCAAAUACCCAGAUUUGUGUAUUCAAGUUUGAAUCCUGGUGAAAACAAUUAUUUUAUACAUAGAGCCAAGAUUGAAGAUUUAAUAAAAGGCACAGUAUGCGAGAAAAAAUAAUAAAUCUACUUCUCAAGUCAAGACGAGGGACGAGUUUAGACUUACCAUAUUUGAUUAAAAAAAAAACUUCUGUGAAUAUUAUUGUAUGGAGAUUUUUUUGUAUGUUCAAAUACAAAUUCGAAAUAGAAUUUAUUCAAAUGCA